AUGGUCGGAAUAAUAGGAACAAUGUGCUCCAUUGCGCUUCGCGUCACAGCGUGUGCCAUGCUUCUGCAUCUCUCGCAGGUGACUCCCGGUCUAUCCUGCACUUUCACCCUAUUCAAGGGUGCAAGUUUGACCAACGUCAACAUCAAUCCAUCUGCGGUCUACUAUAGCGGCGAUGUUACCUUGGAAGAUUGUUUCAAGGAAUGCCACGAGAAACCAGACUGCAAGGCCUUCUUUUUUAAUAAAGGG